AUGGGCAGCUCAAUGAAAAGGUUUUUUUCUUCUGCUCUAACUGAUACGUUUUACACUUACUCAACUGUCAAAAUAGUUCAAGUGCCACACACUAUAAUUGCAAGUCUCUAUCGUCUACUCCAAUUUGCCAUCGUCGUUUACAUAGCAUGUUAUAUUGUUUGGUAUAAAAAAGGAUAUCAAGAAUUUCAAGAACCACGCGCCACAAGUAUAAUUAAAGUUAAAGGACUUACUAAAGUAUUCGGCAAUGCUACCUCGGGAUACGGAAAUUCAAGUUCACAACAUCUAUGGGAUACAGCUGAAUAUCAAGUGCCCCCAAUGGAAAACAAUGCAUUCUUUAUUGCAACGCGACAGAUAAUUACUUUUGACCAAGAAGAAGGCGUAUGUCCUAGUGCUCUAGAUGAUAAAUUAUUUUGUAAUAGUACACAACUAGAUGCGUGUCCAAAAGAUAAACAAACACCCAACACAUUUGGUUAUUUUACUGGAAAAUGCGUGGCAAGCUUGGAAGAUUAUAAUAUAACUGUUUGUGAAAUACAUGCAUGGUGUCCUGAAGAACUUUCAAAUUCAACUGAAUAUAUUGUGGAUAGUAAUGAUUUGGCUAAUUUUACGGUUUAUAUAAAAACAGCAGUGACAUUUACAGCAUUUAAUAUCAACUUGAGAAAUGUUCGUGAUAGUACUAAUUUUUCAUGUCGUUAUGAUAAAACUAAUGAUCGACGCUGUCCUAUCUUUCGUAUUGGUGAUAUUCUUGAUAGUCUUAAAACGAACAAAACAGCUCUUCUACAUGAAGGCGGUUUAAUUGAAAUUCGUCAAGAUUGGACAUGUAAUUUUGACUUCGAUAAAAAUAGUUGUUUUCCCACAGUUGCAUUUUCUGUAUUACAAAGUGGUGACGAUAAACAAUCUCCUGGUAUAAAUUAUCGGGCAGCUCAAAAGUAUCGAAUAGACGGCGUUGAUCGUCGAACGUUAUCAAAGAUUUAUGGAUUACGUUUUGUUGUUAGUAUAACAGGAACGGGUGGACAAUUCAAUAUAGUUAAUUUAUUUGUCGCUAUCGGUUCGGGUAUUGGCUUUAUGAUUAUAGCUGAUAUUGUAUGUGAUGCAAUAUUCAUGUAUAUUCAUAAGUCUCGAGAACGAUAUCGCGAAGGGAAAUUCAGUGUAUGUGAAGUGUCUGCAACACAGGCAUAUCAAGACUCAGAUUCUUCAGUACGCUUAAGGACCAUAUAA